AACCAGCUUGCCCGUUCUUUGCUACAAAACAUGGCCGAUGGAGAAAGUGGUGCUCCAAAGCCUCGGAGGCGACGUAAGCGGACCACCAAGGAACCAAAUAUGGGAGGCCGCAUUUCUCUGCGUCACAGGUUAGUGCAGAUUGAUGACGAAGACACUGAAGCUUUCGAAGAGACGAACCUUGACCAUGAUUUUGCCGAGGUGGAUGAUCUGGACAAGUUGAAGGCACGCCGUCGUCGUCGCGACGUUCACCCUAUGGAGGAGGAUGAUGACCUCCUUAGAGCUGUCUGUAUCGUUCGUGAGCUCUUUGGCGGUAAGGCUCGACUAAUUGAUUGGAACGUCGUCGAGAAAAUCUGGCCGCAUCACACCCAGGAGUAUAUCAGACUAUACUACAAUGCAAAGCGUGAUAAUCCCAGAUGGAAGCUUUGUCGUGAACUCCACGCCUCUCGUUGGCCUGUCUGCUACGAGCGUGGUAUCCAACUCGGACUGAUCCCUAGGGUUGAAGACAGCGAUGAUACGAACUUUGAUCUUCGUGAGUUUGUCGAGUUUUUCAAGACCAACGAGAUUACUGCGGAUGCGAACCCCAACGUGCCGGAGUUGCCGGAGGAUUUGGAUACUCUGCUUUCCAUGUAUGACAUCGAGACUACCCGGCUCAAGGAGGAGAAGCAGUGGCAGGACGGUCACAUGUUUGUCGUCGCGAGUACACGUAGGAGGGAUGAUAUGGCAAGUCAUGCCUGGUAUGCUGGUAACGAAGAUGAGCCUCCUAUCCCCGAAGCCGACGAGGACGAUCUCGUCGAAAAGUCCAAGGGCCUCAUGAAGAGUAUUCUUGUCACUCCAGACACUGAUUAUGAUUACGCUGCCGCAGCUGACCUUCUGAAAACGGUUCCUGAAGAGAUCCUCGAUACUGCCUUGACGCAAAUGCUCAAGGGCAAGGUCAUCGUCAAGAAAGCGACCGAAUACGACCGUGUUCUUCCAGGUCGCAAUUUCAUCCUUGCGGAUAGGUUCUUGCAGGCUCUCAAACAUCCGUACCCGGAGAAAAUUUUCCGUCAAGCCGCUGCGUUCGAGAUGACUUUACGCAAGGGUCUCUUGGAAGGUUCGAAAGGUAUGGCUGUCAGUUUGUUGGCGAACAAUGGAUCUAUUGCUGCCAUAUUGGAACUUAUCGCGGAUAAGCGGGUUACGUUGCAGCCACUCGAGGAGGACAAGAUUGGUAUGAUCAGGGGAUGGAGUAAUGACGGUAUUUCGAGAAUGAUGGAUCGGAGACAUUUAGAGUUUCCUAUCUUGGUCGUUCCUACAGACAGAUUUUUCGCUGCCGACGCGGUACGAGCCGAAAGCACUACGACUGCCACGUCCGAAGACGCUUUCGCGACCACAAACCAAGAGAUCGGGAGACGUACUUGGAUCAACAUUCACGGAAAGCGUAUCGAGCAUGUCUGGAGUAGUUGGGUUUCCGCCGUGUUGGCAACAGCUAUGGCAAGGCCAGGUUUAUCGCAGGCUGCUAUGUUGAAGGCGUUGCAUCCGGCUGUUAUGCCGGGUGAGUUGAGGGAUAUUUGGGAUUUCCUCGUAAAGAAGGGAAUGGCUAUUCGUGUUGAGGAGAGUGGAGGGGGGUACGUGAUAAAGAACUGUUUUGCAGGGCUUGUUUAGGUUUGUUAUGGAGUUAGAUACGGAUAUGUGUAGGAGU